CCGUUGACUCCAGAGAGAAGCAGCGUUGACAUCCUAACGGACCUUGGAGGGUUACAUUUACCCAAAACCUUUUUUCAAAUGGGCCCCGUCGCCUAGCGUUUGCUCCCCCACCCCCCAUCCUCACCGGCUGAGUUGAAUUGAGUGCUGCUGAACAUCGGCACAUCGUCUGGGUUAGUAAAGGUUUCCAUCAAUUCCAUCAGUGACCAACUACUAAAAAAUGGCAGCCAUUCCAGCAGGCGGUUCCCUCGUGGCGACCACUGACUACUACCGUAGGCGCAUCGGCUCUACAUCCAGUAGCAGCUCUUGUGGCAGUUCGGAGUACAGUGGGGAGGUCAUCCCUCACCAUCCAGGUCUCCCCAAGCAGGAUUCGGGCCACUGGUGGUCCAGUUUCUUCUUUGGGAAGCAGCCGGGGAUGACGCCGCUGACCGAGGAGGCGCAGCAGAAGGCGGGGGUCUCGGGUGCGGUGACCAACGGACAGAUCACCUGCAUCGCCAAGGAGAUGGUGAUGCAGCGGCAGGCGAGCGAGAGCAGCGACGCGGGGAGCCCCGCCUCCUCGUGAUCCUCACUGCAGCCUGCGCCGCACCCCGGGAGAACCGAACCAACGACCAACGCUAGGCGACGGAGAUCGUCCCGUUUACAACCUUUUUUUUUAAUAUAUUCAUUCUAGUAAAGGCUGCGUCGUUUUUUUUCAUGUUUUGUAACUUUUUUAAUGACUAAAAAUGAAGAAAAAAAUUGAAACUUGUGUUCCCUAGCAUCUGUUACAUUGUUCCAUUGACACUGUUCCUACUUUCACAUGUUUGUGUUGCCAUUACCGUCUCCCUGUAAUGUUGCUGAUGCAAUAAAGUAGUCUGUUGCAGCCUAA